GUCCAUCUUACCUGGCGGGAGGAGUCGCACCCUCCUGGUCCCGCACACCUUGCUGCUCUGUCACACACAGUGAAGACUGACACCAUGGAGGGGAAGAUGUUGAUUUGUGCCGUGCUGCUGCUCGUCGUCCUGGUCUCAGGAAACAACGCACAGUUAGACGUUUGUGGCACCGCACCGCUCAACACGAAGAUCGUGGGAGGAGAGGACGCCCCUGCAGGCUCGUGGCCCUGGCAGGCCAGUCUCCAUCGGUCUGGCAGACAUUUCUGUGGAGGCUCCCUCAUCAACAACCAGUGGAUCCUCACUGCUGCUCACUGUUUCUCCAGCACCAGCACGUUUGGUUUGGUGGUUUACCUCGGACGGGACACUCAGCAGGGCCUGAACCUUAACGAGCAGGCCCUGGGAGUGUCAGAGGUCGUCAGGCAUCCAGAUUAUAAUGACGCCAACAGUGACAACGACAUCACUCUGUUGAAACUCUCCUCGACCGUGAGCUUCACCAACUACAUCCGACCCGUGUGUCUGGCAGCAAAUGGCAGUGAUUUCCAAACUGGGACAACCUGCUGGGUCACCGGCUGGGGAACUAUUAGCAGUGGUGUUCCCCUUCCUUCCCCUCAGAGGCUGCAGGAGGUGACUGUUCCCAUCGUGUCCCAGAACACUUGUCGUGACGCCUACUCUACACUCACCAGCAACAUGAUCUGUGCAGGUCUGAGCGAGGGGGGGAAGGACUCCUGCCAGGGGGAUUCAGGCGGCCCCUUGGUGAGUAAGAACGCCUCCAGGUGGGUCCUGGGUGGAGUGGUGAGUUUUGGAAGGGGCUGUGCUGAGCCCAACUUCCCUGGGGUCUACGCCCGUGUGUCUGAGUACGAGGACUGGAUCAAAACCCAAAUCUCCAGCGACCAGCCGGGCUUCGUCAGCUUCACCGGCAACGGAGUGAGCGCCUCCUCUCCCUCCAUCGCCCACUCACUUCCCCUGCUGCUCUGCAUCCUUCCUGUUCUCCUCCCUCUCUUCGUGCUCUCGUAGGAUUGGUGAUGAUGCCAGAUGUUUGUCAGGAACAUUAAUGAAUUGUGUCAAAUAACUGUAAAAACAUCCAUCUGAACAAGGUUUAUCAAAUAUUAAAGACCGAUAGAAAAGUCUUUUGAAAUUCAUACAUUUAUUACGUUUUUUUUCUAUUUGAUGAUUUAGUUAAAUCAUAAUUGGUUAUAAUACAAUUUGAACUGAUCAUAAGUCACAUAAUCACUGUGGAAUUAUUUAUAACUUUAACCUUAUAACCAUAGCUUUAGUUAUGAUCAUAUUAGUACAAGACGCUAUCAUCUAUUAACAGUCUUUAAUCAGUCGUUGAUUCUUUUACCUGAAAAACAUUGAUGUCUUUUUUCUGUCUGUUGGAAUUUUCUGUGUUUAUGCUUAAAUAUAAAAAAAACUGCACUGAAGGUGAAGUUUUAAACUUGAACCUGUGACUUUGAAGGAGCAUCUUUACUUUUGACCUCUUUCUACUUUACUUUUUUAUUCAUUACUGUAACUUUUAACACCUUCAGACAAUUUUUACACUGAAAAGCUGUGAUUUACCGUUUGAACAAAGCUUACAAGAAGUACGUCAUAACUAUAUGGACAAAUACACCAAUUUAUAUGAUUUUAUAUGAACAGAUGAAGUCAUGUAUCAUGGACUGGAAAUAUUAAAUAAAGGUUCUUGUUUCUUAA